AGGGCUGCUUAUGAACCUCAGUAGGCCUGUUGCUAGGGCAGGUUGUGCCACUGUGACCAUUACGUAAAGUUUCCAUUUAUAAAAUACGAAUGCCUUAUUUACGUACAGAUACAGCCCAGACAUGGAUAAUUUUAUCUACGCUCUUCUAGAGAUUCUACCGGUUCCAGAAGAUCCGCUAGAUAUUGGGGAGGUGUCUGUGCCAGUCUGUGUGACUCCUACAGCUCCGUGCCCACAAGAUGGUGCCCAACUCUCCUCUACCCCCCACCAGCCCAGUUACAGUGGCAGCUGUAGUGCCCCCUCCCUGCUGUCCUGCCCCACGUAUGGCAAAUAUGAGGGCUGCUAUGGUCCUGCCUAUGUCCGAAAAAGGAACGAACGAGAGCGGCAGAGAGUGAAAUGCGUCAAUGAGGGCUACACCAAGCUCAGGGGGCAUCUGCCCAGGGAAUACGGGGAGAAACGGCUCAGUAAGGUGCAGACCCUCAGAGCAGCCAUUUGCUACAUCCGACGCCUACAGGAGCUCUUGGGUCGGGUACAGGGCGGGGAUCCGAGGGUUGUUAUCCAGGAAUGGGCCAAUGGCCAGUGGAAAAGGUCUUCCCAAGUCUAAAAGAAGGCUCUCCACCCCACAGCAUGAUAUUACUAUUCCCUAGUAGGAACCCUCUAUAACACAAGUAUAUUAUCAAUAUGAUGAGUUCACAGUAUGGCUCCUCCUACACGGGGCAAUCAGUGCACAAACAUGGGUUGUACAACUCUGGGGUCACAUGA